AUGCGUAAAGAUAGCCCUGGAUUCGCCUAUGGACUUGACCUCGAACCAAUUACAACUUUGCUGGCUGCACUCCAGGCUGCUUCGAAUGAGGCAGGCAACAAUCACGGAGUGGUGGAGAGAGAUGAGAGAGAGCGUGUGAGGGAGGUGGCUUCGCGAUCGGAGGAGAUGCGCCUCAAACUUCUAUUAUUAUUGUCUACAUUAACGUUAAUAUGUGCGCAAACGCAGCUGUUAGACUAUGGAGAAAGAGCAGGUGAUCAGGUGAGAGAUGUUUUAUAUUUUCUAUACUUUUCCUUUAAAGUUCGUACAUGAUC